GUGAGUGUACGAUAUGAACAUGGAAAUCCAUCAGAUACAGAUGAGAAACAAUAACUUAUCCCCCAGCUAUUUACUUUCACAGCCUAUAACAGCCUGUAAGGUUUUAUUUGACUAGAAUCUUACAUUGAAGACGACAUUCAACUGAUUAUUAGUGUAGACGGACAGUGAUAUUUGGUGCGUGUGCGCCCCAUUGACUGUACAAAAUAACGGUGCGCCCUUUAGAUUCGCAUUCCGAGGAGGCAUCCUCGACAGUUAUUGAAGAUGGAGUUUGGAGAAAGGAAAAGGAGAAGGAAGUCUCAAAGCUAUAAAUUGGUGAAGGAUCAAGAAUUUGAUCCGAUGUAUUUUGACAGCUCUGUCAAUAGAGAUGUCAAUGGAGAGUCUAAAGAUGCAGCUGUGCCAGAGGUCUGGCUGGAGGAUGAGGGCAUGGAGAUCAAGAAACAAAUCACAGGGAUGAUGAGGCUGUUGAGUGACAAAGCUGGUCGGAUUUAUCAACGUGUUGGAUCGGAGGGGGACAGCCUAAAACAGGAGCCCCAGGAGGUGCACCAGAGCUGGGCACAGCCAGUUACCUUCCCUCUUGUAUCGGAGGACCACCAGCUAUGUGUGUGGAGUUCGACAGGGGAACCAGUUUCCGCUCUGUCAUCAAAUACCACCUCAGUACCUAACGGGCAAGGCUAUAAUCAGUACAGCACACGUUCCAAAACCCUGAGGAUGCUCAACAACACCAAAGGAGCAGUCAAAACUAAUGAUGUUCCCCCUGUCGAUGUUGAAGCUCCUUGCUGCAUGUGUAACUGUAAGAGCACCUUAGAGGCUAUUCUACAGGAACUACAUGGCAUGAGAAGGCUAAUGCAGAUGCAGAGAGGAUCCCAGGACCAACAACAGUCAAUAUCUCCAUGCCCCCCUUGCCCUGGGCCAUCACAGCGUCGCAGACCGCGUAAGAGGAGACCUGUCCACAAGGUGGCACCCUUGAGUACACCCAGUAAAAGAAGUGUUGCCCCCCUCCGGCCACCCUCCUCAACUGUCACUGUACCCCCCGAGCCCGGAGGAACAAGGGUAAUAAAGAGAGAGAGACUCUCCUCACCAGUCCCACCUGAUGUCACAACCGUGCAAGCACAGAACAAGCCCAGUGCUGUCAAUGGUCCACACAGCCCUCACUAUGGGCAACCCAGGGCACAGCAGUCCUCUGAGUCUGAGGUGCGUUUGGCAGAGGAGUAUGAUGUUGUCAUCCCCAAGGCCCAGCUGGACUCUAUCCUGGUGAACUACACACGCUCAGGCAGCCUGCUCUUCAGGAAGUUGGUGUGUGCCUUUUUUGAUGAUGCUACUUUGGCUAAUUCACUUCCCAAUGGCAAGAGGAAGAGAGGACUUAAUGACCACCGCAAAGGCUUGGACCAGAACAUAGUGGGGGCCAUCAAAGUGUUUACAGAGAAGUACUGCACUGCUAACAGAAUAGAGAAACUUCCUGGCCCUCGAGACUGGGUGCAGAUCUUGCAGGACCAAAUCAAGCUAGCCAGAAGACGGCUAAAGAGAGCGGAGGCUGCAGACCCAGAGGAAGCCAUCAACAGACCUUGCACAGAAACCAUUCAACCACUUGGAGAAAAGGAGGGAGAUUCCCUUAUAACAGGCUGUAACUAUGGGAAUUCAGCCAGUUUGAUCGAGGCGAGGAAGAAUGUGACAGAUUAAAGCAAGUGCUGCCACCAAAGCCUUGCAACAUCGAUGUUGCACCUUAAUGUCCUAUUGCUCUACUAAUUUGUGCCACUUCCACACAUGUUAUUUUAAUCCUGUGACUGAUUUUGAAUUGUGAUUGUAGAAAAAAGAAGACAAUAGAGUAAUUAAAUUACUAGAUCAAUCGUAUUUGAUGAGCUUCCAUGGACUGCUUUUUCACAGUCCUGCAUACCUAUAGUCCCACAUUGCCUUUGGUGUCAUUUAAUUACUCUCUAGUUUGAUCCAGAGAUGCAAAACUUCUAAGUAUUCUUCACUUUAUCCAGUCAUCAGUGUGAUAUUACAGAUAUCACUUCUGUCUAAUUUGUCAUUUCUAAAAUUGACCCAGGCUUCCAACAAAAGGUUGUUUCUUCUAUUAGAAGCAACAACAAAUAAUUAUAAUAAUAAAAUACAAAGAAAUGGGUGUAUGGAUGGGGGCUUUAUAUUAUACGUUUUGAUUCUGAUUGGUGUAGUGUUGUUAUGCACCCUAAUAUUUACUACAGCUGUAGCAAUAAACCGCUAUAAAUGUAGGCUAAUUAUUGUGCAGCAUAAACAUUUUGUAUUUCUGUUUUCAAACUUCCGAUUUGUGGACCUCAACAUUGUUCAAAUGACUGUGUACAUCAAUAAAUAUAUUGAGCUCAUGAUGAUACUGUAU